AGCGGCCCGAGAGACGCCGAGCGACACGAGCCCCGGCGGGCGGCUGCCGCCCCAGAGAGUUGCGACGUCCGGCUCUUGGCGAGAGGGCGCCCCCUGCCCGAGCCCCCCAGCCGAGCGGAUCGGCCCGGAGGCCUCAGGAAGAAACUCAGGUACACCCAGGAAUGGCUUUGGACCCCUGGCAGCCCUAAUAAGACUUCAGGGGAUCAAGAACAGAGGAUUUUGCCUGGAUCCCAUCUUUGAAAAGGGCCACUGCGUGCUCUCUGUUUACAAAAUUGGAAGUGGAGAAGGAGACACAAUGGCGGAAGAAAAUUCUGUGGAUCCAGAAUUAGCCGAAGGACAAAACGGAAAAGGAAAAGCCACCAGUGCAGUUCAAGCAGCAUAUGUGACAAAUCAAUCAGGAGGGGGAGUAUUGCAUGAUGGGAAGAGUGAAUUGUCGAAGGGGCUGCAACAGCGCUGGGAUACCCUAUGGCAGGAGUUCCAGAAAACAAUGCAGCCCAGUCACAAAGCAGAGGGAAGUCCAGGGAGGUCAGAGGCUGUCCUGUGGGAAGAUGCCAAGGCCUUUCUGGCCUCCUUUGAGCAAGUGGCCAAGGCCUGCCGGUGGCCUAGAGGAGAGUGGGCGGCCCGGCUCCUGCCAGCCCUGAGUGGGGAAGCAGAAGAGGCCUUCCGGAGCCUGGAAGCCAGAGAUCAGGAGGACUAUGGGAAAGUGAAGGCGGCCAUCUUGCGAGGGGAAGCCCUGAGGAUGGAGGCGCAGCGCCAGCACUUCAGGCAAUUCUGCUGCCAGGAGGUCAGAGACCCGCGAAGGAUUCACAGCCAAGUCCAGGAGCUUUGCCGGCAGUGGCUGAAGCCGGAGAGACACAGCAAGGAGCAGAUCCUGGAGCUGCUGAUCCUGGAGCAGUUCCUGGCCAGCCUGCCAGUGGACCUCCAGGGCUGGAUCCGAGCAGGAGGGCCGGACACCUGCUCCCAGGCCGUGGCCCUGGCCGAGGACUUCCUCCUGAGCCAGAAAGAGGCUGAGCCAGGGACAUGGCAGGGACUGAUGGACCUUAAAACGGUAACUGCAUCUUUACACAUAGUUGAGCGAACUCCGAGUCGGCCUGGCCAAGAGACCAUGUUCUGGCAAGUCCUGCAGAAGGAUGGUGGGAGAGUGCAGCCUGUAGGUGACGGAAAGGGGGGUCAGCUGAAGGUGGAGAAUACUCAGUGUGGGGGAAACAAGCCUGAGGAAAUUUCCGGGACGCUGCCGGAGAGGAGCCAAAGGAAUGUGCCAGUGAUGGAAGAAAGAGGUAACAAGGAGAAAAGAGAGUCAGAGGAAAUGCAUGAGUCGUUAGCACAAAUGUAUCAGUGGGAUUUUCCCGAGACAUCUGAAAUUCAUAAGCAGAGACGUGAUGCGAAGAGAAGUCUGAUCAAGACAGAGAGCUCUCAGCAGGGAGAAAUGGGGCCAGAGGAAUCACACGGCACAUUUGCAGAAAUUCCCAAAAGGAACAUCCUUGCGGCAGCUGAAACCCACAGACAGGGAAGCGAGGCCCCGUGGCAACAAGACGAGAACCCAGUGAAGGAAGAGGAGGAACCCAGUGAGCUCGCAGAAGAUAUCGCAGCUUCUAUUUGCCUAACGGCCACAGCGCCCCAGAGAGAAGAAAUGCCCUUAGUUUCCAAGUAUGGGAGGAGGUACCACUACAGGUCAGAACUUCUUAUGAUGCAUACCGGAGAAGAUCACCAUGAAUCUGGGGAAAGUUUCCAGAAAAAAACGUACCUUGAGAAACACGAGAGUCCCAAGACAGGUGAGAAAGAAAAUGAAGUCUCAGAGUUCAUGAGAAGGGAUGAUGCGUCUGGACAUCAGAGUAACCACGCAGGAAAGAAACUGUAUGACUCCGAAGGGAGACCGUAUGUCUGUUUUUCCUGUGGAAAAUGCUUCUCUAAAAGUGAAGCUUUAACCAAUCACCAGAGAAUUCAUACUGGAGUGAAGCCAUACAAAUGUUCUCAGUGCGGGAAAUGCUUCAGACAAAGGGCCCAUUUGAAGGAGCAUGAGCGAAUUCAUACUGGAGUGAAACCGUACAAAUGUUCUCAGUGUGGGAAAAGCUUCAAUUGGAGAGAAAGCUUGAUGAGACAUCAGAGAAUCCACACUGGAGAGAAACCCUACGAAUGUUCUCAAUGUGGGAAAUGCUUCAGGCAGAGACAGCAUUUGAUUGGCCAUCAGAGAAUCCAUUCUUCCUGUGGAAAAUACUUCCCUAAAAGUAAAGCUUUAACCAAUCAUCAGAGAAUUCAUCCUGGAGUGAAACUGUACAAAUGUUCUCAGUGUGGGAAAUGCUUCAGUGACAGAGCACAGUUGAAGAAACAUGAGAGAAUUCAUACGGGAGAGAAGCCAUUUGAAUGUCUUGAAUGCAGGAAAAGCUUUAGUCGGAGUGGGAGUUUGUUGAGACAUCAGAAAAUACAUACCGGAGAGAAACCAUUCCAGUGCCCAGAGUGUGGGAAGAGGUUUUUUCGGAGAGAUAAAUUGAUCGGGCAUCAGAGAACUCACCGAGGACAGUGGCCUUAUGAAAUGCCUAAGUGUGGGAAGAGUUUCACUUAGACUAUUUUUCUGAGUAUCAAAGCAUCCAUUAACAACAUUGACAUCAUUUCUGCUCUCCUAUCAGAUACCUUUUUUUUUUUUUUAACAUAGAGGCAGUUCUAAGCAGCAAGUAAGGAAAGGUGAGUCAACACCUAAUCCUCAUCAAAGUGGUUCGAGUAUCACAGAUGCUACAUUUUCUGCCCCAGUUUAGAUUCUGGAUAAGUAAACUGAGUGACCAGGAUGAAUCUCUCGGGGGCUGGAUUUGACCCAGGGCCCUUUGGGUGCUGACCCCUUUUCCUGAAUUCUACACAAACAGCUUCUGAAACCAUUUUCAUUUUUUGUUAGCAAGACGUAGACUGGCUUUGGCUGUGAUCCUAAUAUUUAAUGGGAUUGAAUUUUGUGGCAUUUGCUUCUGUAUAGACUUGUUUGGGAAAACCAUUGUAUUUUAAUUUAUUACAUUUCUAUACCGCCCAAUGUAAACCGCCUCGCUGGGCGGUUUACAAAAAUUAAAAACCUUAAAAAUACAA